AUGACUGAAAACGAGGAACUAUUAGCCCGGAUUGGCCAGCUCGCAGGACAAAUCAACAGACACAAAUCUCAGCCUGCACAGUCCAACCAGCCCUCGUCUCACCAAUCCCAACAUGUAUCACGUCAUGCGCACGCGCAUCCCGGAUGGGCGCCGUACUCGCGAGGCAGAGGAAGAGGUCGCCAUCCAGCCCCUCACCGGAAUCGCACUUUGGUUCUCAAUAACGGUACCCCUGGGUCAGCGCACAGUGACGCAUCCACUCCCGGUCCCUCUAGCGACAAUGAUGCCGAAACACGACAGCCCACUACCUCUAAUGGAUGGGUUGCAAAACGCGACCGCCACAUGCAGCUGAUCAACUCGGCUGUCUACGAGAAGGAGAAGGUCGCACGUGCCAAAGCCUUGGAGGAAUCGCGUAAAGUGAAAACUCAGCGACGGGCUCAGCGUGAACAAGCAAAGGUCCUCCAAUAUGCGCAAGCCACUCGAGGAAACGCGAUGGUAUCGACCAUGGCACAGCCAGGAACUGCGCACCAAAUUCUUGUGAAUGAUGUUCCUUUCAAGAUUACCCACGGCGGGAGCAAAUUAGUCCGAGUUUUCAGUAAGACUCCCUUGUCCUAUCAACAUGUUGAGAGAACUGACUCACUCCUCCUAGAUGACCCCAAUACCGCCAAUACCACUCCCAAGCGAGUCAAUGUGGCGGGCGUGACAUUCGUUCGAAGUAAAAACGGCAAUCUUCAUCGCCUUGGAGCUGUGGCCUCAAAGAAGAACCCGAUGACCGUCAAGAAAAGAAACGAACUGUGCAAGAGGUUCACUUCCACCGGUGCUUGCUACAAGGGCCCGUCUUGUCCAUUCGUUCAUGAUCCUAACAAAGUUGCCAUUUGUAAGGACUUUCUCCAAACUGGCGAAUGUAGUGCUGGUAUGAACUGCGAUCUUUCCCAUGAGCCCUCACCCCAUCGCUCUCCUGCCUGUGUGCAUUUCCUGAGGGGUCGAUGCUCUAACCCACAGUGCCGUUACGCACACGUUCGGGUCAACCCAGGAGCUCCUGUCUGUCGCGACUUUGCGACUCUCGGGUACUGUGAAAAGGGCGUCAAUUGUGAAGAACGACACGUUCACGAAUGUCCUGAUUAUGCCAACAGCGGCGUUUGCCAUAAAAAGCGUUGCCCAUUGCCUCACGUUGACCGCGCGGGCCAAAUUCGCAAGGCUGCGGCAGCCGCGGCAAAGGCAGAGGCGUCAGCUGACAAUGAGGAUGAAUCUGACGAGUCUAGCGAAGAAGAAGACUAUGCUGCGAUUGACUCGGAUGAUGUCGACUCGGACGACUUCGACGACGUAUCUACCGAGCUCCUAGAAGGGGUGGAUAGCAGCGAGAUGGCCGAGCAGCACGACUUUAUCAAGUUCUGA